ACGCAUCUGCGCAUGCGUAGCUUUUCUCUCCCUCACAGUUUGGUAAGGGCAGCGAUGACUCCGGCCUUGACCAGCCGGCCGGGAAGUGAAUAGGAGUUUUGUGGAUUUCAACAUUCUUUCCGUAUUUCUUACUUCAAUAUGAUGCACUUCCUGUUGCUGUUCAGUCGUCAGGGGAAGUUACGGCUGCAGAAAUGGUUCCUGCCCCUCCCGGAGAGAGAGAGGAAGAAGAUUGUGAAGGACAUGACCACUAUGGUGUUGUCACGAAAACCACGCACAUGUAACUUCCUGCACUGGAAGGACCUGAAGAUUGUCUAUAAGAGGUACGCCAGUCUGUAUUUCUGCUGUGCUUUGGAGAACAAGGAUAAUGAACUUCUGGCUUUAGAGAUUCUGCACCGUUAUGUGGAGCUACUUGACAAAUACUUUGGCAAUGUAUGUGAGCUGGACAUCAUCUUUAACUUUGAGAAGGCUUAUUUCAUCCUGGAUGAGUUUCUGAUGGGUGGAGAGAUUCAGGAGACGUCCAAACAGUCUAUUGCAAAGUCUGUAGAGGCCUCAGAUAUGCUGCAAGAGACGAUGGAAGAAUACAUGAGCAAACCAGCCUUCUGACAGCAGCUGACGUGAUACAAUGUGACAAAAGGGAAAGAAACCUGCCUCCGCAGUGUAGGUUGUGUCCUUCACUCAGGACACAAAUUGUCAUGGCAAGAAAUUACAGACUUCAUUCAUGAGGGAUGCAGAAUUUUUUUUUCUUAUUUAUUAUUAUUAUUAUUAUUUUCUUCUCAAUGCUUGUAUGAACUUUAUCAAUUCCACUCAAAUUUUAAUAGAACUGAAUCAGGGUUCAUGUUGUGUUUUUGAAUAGGUUAUGUCUUGUCAGCUUAUAAAAAUAAAUGUAAUGCAGAAUUUCUGUGAUGGCUCCAGCAUGCAUAUACAAAUGCAACCAUAGAUUCAGCUGAUAAUGUUCAACUUUUAUAUCAAAAUCAUUUUAUAUAAUAAUCAUAUAUUUGCAAUAACCUUAAACCUUGGCUUAUCUGAAGUGCCUUUUCAUGUUUUUAAACACGUUGCAUGUCUCAGGAGACAUUUAGUUCAAGAAAAAAAAGAAAAAAAAACACUUUUGAUGAAAUGUUAAUGCUGUUUUAUGAGCACACUUUGUUGAUUUAAUUAAAAUUGUCUUUUUGAUAUGAUUUAGUCUCAGGCAAGUGUUUGCAAUUUUCUCUAAUUAAAUGCAUCCGGUGCUUUCUAAAA